CGGUAGAUACGGCAAGACAAGCACUAAGGCGUCGACGCGCACGCUAGUUAUACUAGGCCUAGAUUAGGGUGAUGCGUUAUUUUUCAAGAAAAGGAACUCAUUGUUUCAAUACUUGUAAUAAAGUUGCAAAGAAGUAAAAUCAAAAUGGGUCAUAUUUUAAAGAGAUGUUAAGAAACUGUUAUCUUUUAGGCGGAUAUCAACAACGUUAACUUUUGAAGAGUCUGUCAAAGUAAGAAACGGUUUUGCGAUGGCAUCAGCUUAGAAGCCCACUUCGGUUUCGGCUCCUAAGGCGGCGAAUGUCUGGCUUGCGUUUCCGUCGACUUGCAUAUUGGUGACUCUCCUUUCUUGAACUUAUUUUCGUUGUUCAAAGUACAUGAAAAACAAAGCAAAAUGAAGGCAGAGCUGUGAAAGUGAGCUUGGAGCUUUCCGGAGGAAUGCUGUUCCUACCCUUUCCAUUUUAUUGUCGGGUUUUCGAACCUCUGGAGAUGAGAUGAGAUGAGAUUUUCGUCUUCGUUAUGGAACCCUAAUGCUAGAAAGCAGCUAGUCCUGUGCGUCUUCACCAUGAAAGUGUACACAGUGCAUAAAUCCCGUGUGGUGGCGCUAAUUUUGGCGCUUGUUUUAGGAUGUUUGAUAGUGUGUAUGUUAUCACUCCAGAAUGAACAGACAGGAUAUCUCCGCACUGUCACUUAUUUCAGACAUCAAACCUCGGGGAAUCAUAAAGGGACUGCGCGAAGGUUACGGGACUUUCUCGGGUUGUUCUUACGCUACGAAAGUUCCUACGUAGACGAUGGGUCGUACAGAAUAUCUCGACUGAACAAAAACACAAAUUAUUUUCGUAAAACUCAAAGAGAUACACAGAGUCUUGAUGACGACAACGAAGAAGAGUUCGAGGAGUAUGGUGAAGAAGACAUCAUUGAUGAAGAAGAUGAUACAAACGAUGAGUAUGAAGAAGAUUAUUAUGAUGAAGAUGGAAAUCCCCCAAACCCAGUAUUUAAACAGGGAGAUUUCGACUACUCAAACAUCACGUUUUUUCAUAGUUUAUCCUAUUCCUCUAAUCAUAAUGUUUUAGGCAAUUUCAGCGACGUCAUUUCGGUGACAAAUAUAACGGAUUUACCAAAGCAUUUUUCACUAACUCCAGGCGUUGUGAAAGUAUCCCCAAACGUCAACCGAAAACUGACCCCUGUUGCUCUUUUAACUACUACAAGCUCAGUACAUAACACCGUAAGAGUUUCAGAAAUGCCCAAGUUUUGCGUCCCCUUUCAGGUCUCCCUCAAAGUAGACAAAAUAAAAAAUACAACUCUAAAAAACAACGAUGGGAUUCCACUUGUAGAUAGCGCCAUCUAUUGGUCGCAAGAAGUUGAAAAUAUCGAACCCAAAGGUAUAAGUGACGUUGAAGUGGAUAAAUCUAUUCGACGCCUUCGCCAUCUGCCGGUGAUUCGAGCAGAUCCAUCAACGUGGAACCGUUGCGGGAGACCAAAGAACUUAUACAUUACGUUAAAAGACGGCUCUCACGUUUGUGCUCGUUAUAGAGCACCUCACGAUUAUUUAGUACAAGGAGAGUUAAUGUCUUUCUAUCUUGCCCGGCUUCUGGGGAUCCACAACGUGCCUGUGGUAACAUUGUCAGCUCCUGAUGUUAGUGGUCAGUGGGGAGAACCACCUGUAACCAAAGCCGUGAUGAAGGCGGGUUGGGCAGGAAAUGCGACAGUAGCGUUGAUUCAAUGGAUAGACUACCUUGAAAGAGAUCGAAUGCCGAAGGCGAUUCUUGAAGCCCUUCUGACAAACAAAACUAUAAGUUCUCGAUCGUCUCGUUUGAAAGACGUUCAUCUUGUCGACGCUGUCGAGUUACUCCAGUGGAGCGAUUUAAUAAUGUUCGACUACCUAACAGGGAAUUACGACAGAGUAGCGAGUAUGCAGGAUGCUGCGGACAAAGAGAAUAAUUCUUUAAUCCUUCACGAAACUAUUCAUAAUCUCGUUAAAUCUCGAAAAACUGGAAGUUUGUGGCUUAUUGAUAACGAGAGUGGUUUAUUGGAUAGCUAUUCGCUGAUGUACGGGGAGCCUAGUCUCGGACCCGGAGAACAAAAUCAUCGCUUUGUUACUUUUCAUGAAAAUAUGUUAAAUACUAUCUGUAUAUUUCGUAAGUCAACAGUACAGCGUAUUAGGUGGUUGUAUCAUCACGGAGCCCUCUAUAAUCUCCUGGUAGACUUUGUGAAAAGAUACGAACCUCUGUUUGCGAGAUUGCCUGACGUCAGUCAUCGCCUGGAACUGGCUCAGAAUUUACAGAAGCGUCUCAACAAGUUAUAUUUUCAUAUCAAGAGCUGUACAAGCUUCAUAUAG